GCGGCGGUAAGCCAAUAUUGGCACGUUUCGCUUAUCUAGUUCCGUCGUCGUCGCGACCGAUGUAUUAAUUUAUACAGUUCGACAGGUAUCGAAGCGAUUUAAGUUGAGGAAGUUUGCAUUGCUCAUUAUCGCCAUAAAACUUGAUAAUCUGCGUCAGUUCGGGCGCCGGGCGAGUGCCAGUGAGACACAGAGGCAGUGAGAUCGCGCCCCUGCCGUCGCGCGCUGUGACGCCGUCCUAGUAUGGUGCAAGACGCGCGUUGAUCAAUAAGGAACAAUGUCAAUGAGUACGCGAAGCGACCGCCGCUGGCAGGCGGACAUCUGAUCCAAUCCGGGAUCGCGCGACGCUUUUGGCAGUUGGCUCUUGUCAACGCUGUGUUUGUGCUGUGAAUUAGAAAUGUCGCCGCGAUUCAACUUUCCACCGGAGCGGUUUUCGGCCGUUUACACCGGCGACAUUACGAGUGCGAAUGUGGUGAAUGUCAAGCCUGCCAAUACAUCAGAGGGCCAGCUCUCUCCCAAUGUGAGCGAGGCUCCGAAUUCAUUAUUCAACUGCUUUCAGUGUGCUUUACGUAACAACAUCAAGGGGAUUCCGAAAGAAAAACAUGCGAAGAAAUGUAAAUUACGUAACAACAUCAAGGGGAUUCCGAAAGAAAAACAUGCGAAGAAAUGUAAAGUUGUUGGCAAGGAUGAGGAGCGUUGGCGCAGCAAGAACGAGGGAGCCCUGUUCAAGCGCUGGAAGCGGGCCACCUCCGUGGAGGCCAAGGCUCCCGCCGCUGCGCCGACCCCUGCUCCGGCACAACCCUCCGAUUUGCUUAAAUUUUUAGCUAUUAAUGCAUUAGAGCUAUCAGCACCAGCUUCUGACGCUCUGCUGAAGUCGCGAUCAUCAGAAUGGUUCCAGCUGUCGGGGCACCCCGGCUCGCUGGCACCCGCGGGCCCCGGCACGGUGUGGAAGCGGCGCGCGGCCGGGGACCACCCCGCACACAACCCCGAGCGCGACGCCUACGAGGCCCUCGCCGCCUGCCCCCACAUGCGCUCCGCCAUCCCCCGCUACUACCGCGAGCUGGAAUACGGCGGAGAAAACUUCAUUGAACUACAAGAUCUGCUGCACGGCUUCCGUGACCCUUACGUCAUGGAUGUCAAAAUGGGCACCCGAACAUUCCUAGAAGAGGAAGUCAGCAAUGCGCGCGCCAGACACGACCUUUACGAGAAAAUGGUUCGUCUGGACCCCAACGCUCCCACCGAAGCCGAGCACGCCGCCCGCGCUGUGACCAAGCUACGUUACAUGCAAUUCCGUGAACAUUGCUCGUCAUCUGCUGAGCAAGGAUUCCGCAUUGAAGCUGUGAAAGUUCCCGGUCAACCGCCGCUCACGGACCUCCAGAAAGUGCGAGAGCCAGAGAAACUGACGGCUACAAUCGCUCACUUCCUCGGUAACGACGAGCGCGUUCGUCUCGCUAUCACCACACGACUCCGUGAGAUUAGGAGUAUGUUUGAAAAGUCUGAAUUUUUCAGGCAACACGAAAUCGUCGGAAGCAGCAUUUUCAUCAUCUACGACAACGAGCGGGUCGGCGCUUGGCUGAUCGAUUUUGGAAAAACUCGGCGUGUGCCAGAUGACAUCAAAAUCACACACAGAGAGCCGUGGCAGCAAGGCAACCACGAAGAAGGCUUCUUAUAUGGAUUAGAUAGGCUAAUAAAUACUAUAGAAAAGGCGAAGCUUCCCGAAGCGGCUGAGCCAGACGUUUCCCGUUGAACAGUCUGCGAGAGGAAGCUGGACUCGCCCCUCGGUCACUGCACCGCUCGCUUGGCCUCAGUGCCCCAGUGCCACGCUCCUGGCCCCGUGUCGAGGCCCGGAGAUGUACAGAACUACGUUUUGUGUUUGUCCAUGUGAAAGAGAAUGCGAUAUAACAUCCGAUAAUAAUUUGAUCUAGUCCCUAAUAUAUGUUAAGUAAUUAUAAUAUAUUUUUUAAUUUGAUAAA